AUGUCCCCAACAAUUGAAUCCGGCUUCCACCUUGCAGACAGCAAAGGCUACAUGCUUGGCAGAGGGUAUGCUGCCGCCUGUCGUCUCAACCUCCAAUUCUACCUAUGGAAAGAAUCUCUACAAUUCAAUAUCCAUCCCUCUAUCCCCAUUCCCCCCACCCCUGCCAUCGCGGACAUCGGUACUGGAACCGCAAUAUGGCUCCUCGAUGUAGCCCAAUCACUCCCAACCGCCACUCUUGACGGCUAUGACAUCGACUUAUCCAACACCCCUCCCAUCCAGUGGCUUCCUAAGCGGUUGACUCUCAAUCACUGGGACCUCUUUGACUCCGUCCCAAAGCACCUGUUGGGCAAAUACGAUAUCGUCCAUCUCCGUCUUCUCAUUCUCGUCGUGCAGAACAGUGACCCUGUCCCCAUCAUCCAGAAUGUAACCCGUUUACUGAAACCGGGCGGAUACAUUCAAUGGGAUGAUCUGAACUAUCCAGACACCUAUGUGGCAAAGGCAGACCCGAAAAUGGCAACGCCCGCGUUUGAUCGCCUACUACAAUUUGUCUACUCGAAUGGGCGCCAUAACUGGGUAUUAAGUCUGCCUACUCUGUUGGAGCGGAAUGGGUUUGAAAGUCCGCGGCUAGAUCAUUUUCGGGAUCCUUUUGAGCUUGCUACCGCGAAUGGAGAGCAGCAUUUGGCUACUAUGGAGGAGUUUGCACUAGCUUUGGAGAGGAAGAACUUGGACGAUGAUGGGAAGAACAUACGGCUGUUGUUGGAAGACCUUGCUGUAGAGUCACACUAUGGUGUGGCUUUGUCAAUGCCGCGGGUCGUGGUUGUUGCGCGGAAGUCUUUGGAGUGA